AUGGCAAGGAAGAAGGUGAAGUUGGCUUACAUUGUGAACGACUCCGCAAGAAAGGCCACCUACAAGAAGAGGAAGAAAGGUCUUUUGAAGAAGUUGAGUGAAUUAACCACUCUUUGUGGGAUCCAAGCUUGCGCAAUCGUGUUCAGCCCGUACGAUUCUCCGCCCGAGCUUUGGCCCUCCGUCCUCGGCGUCCAACGCGUUCUCUCUCAGUUCAAGAACAUGCCCGAAAUGGAGCAGAGCAAGAAGAUGGUGAACCAAGACACGUUUCUGCGCCAACGGAUCGCGAAAGCGGAGGAGCAGCUGAAGAAGAUAAGGAAAGAAAAUCGCGAGAAGGAGGUGACACGGUUGAUGUUCCAGAUCCUGACUGGACCAGAAUGGUUGCAAGGUCUCACCAUGGGGGACUUGAACGACAUUAGUUGGGUCAUUGACGAGACGCUGAAGGGCAUCAGCAAACGCAUUGACUCGUUCAAAAGGCUGGUGCCGCCGCCGCCCCAGACGGGGGCGUGGGUGAUGGAGGUGGUGAGCCCUGAGGAUGGGAUGGAGUUUGUAGGGGAUGAUAUGGGUUUGAGUUUCGAAGAUCAUAGUUAUAAUAGUGAGAAUGUGAUAUGGUCCAAUGCCUUUUUCUCUUAG